GAGUGACGAGUGUAUAGCAGCAAGAAGCAGGAUCCACAAGGGGAGGAGAGACCAGUUUGUCAGCAUGUAGCAGAGGGGACGACAAAGUCCUUGCAAGAAAGAGAUGAAUAAGUACUGCAGAUGUCACAUCCUCCCCUGUUUCUGAAAGCCAUCAGCUUUCUGGCGUCCCCGUGUUUCCAGCUGAGGUAGGGUGCCGGUCAGGGACAGCCCUAGGUAAAGGAUACAUUUGGACAAGCCUGUUUCUCUAUUCGGUUUUUUCCUCCCAUACUCUUUAAAGGUGGGGGUGAAGCUAUGUCCAAGGUAAUAAAAGUUUCCAAGAGCUAAGAUAUUGUCUAGCUCUCAUUUUGUGCUGUAAGAAAAAUGGAUAGGCAGAGAAGGACUGAAUUCUAAUUUUUUGAUGAGCUGUAUGUUUGGUGUUCAAAAUCCACAGUAAACAUCAGAUCUAAUAUCCCUCAGACACUCAAUGAUGAAAAAUACAAUGGUUUAAAAUGCCAAUUAUUUAAAAUUUAGUGAGGUUUGCUUUAUGGCCCAGGUGUGGCAUAUCUUAGUGUUCUGUAGGUACUUGAAUAGAUUCUGUCAUUGAUGGGUGGAAUGUUCCAUAAUGUCAGUUAGAUUCAGUUGGUUGACAAUGUUAAGUUCUCUGGCCCUGGUGACGUUCUAUCUAGUGAAUCCAUUGAUUGUUAAAAGAGGAGUGUUAAAGUCUCCAACUAUGGUACUGGGUUUGUUCCUUUUAGUUCUGUCAGUUUUAGCUUCGUGUAUUUUGAAGUUCUGUUGUUUGGUACACACAUUGGAUUGCUAUGUCUUCUUGGUGGACUGACCCUUUUAUCAUAAGUGUCUGUCUUCAUCCUCAAUAAUUUUCUUUGUAAAGUCUGCUUUGCAGGCACACUUCAAAUAUAUUGCAGGUUUGGUUCUAGGUCAUCACAGUAGAGCAAAUAUUGUAAUAAAGCAAGUCAAGUGAAGUUUUGGUUUCCCAGAGCAUGAAAAAGUUAUGUUUACACUGGACUCUAGUUGAAGUGUGCAAUAGCAUUAUGUCUAAAAAACAACAGACAUACCUUAACUUAAAAAUAUUUUAUUAAAAAAUGCUCACCGCCAUCUGAGCUUUCAGCAGGUGCAGUCUCUCUGUGGAGGAGAGUCCUGCCCCGGUGUUACAGCUGCUGGCUGAUCAGAGGAUGGUUGCUGAAGGCUGGGGUGGCUGAGGCCAUUUCCUAAAACAAGACAACACUGAAGUUUGCCGCAUCAGUGACUCUUCCUUUCACGAACAACUUCUCCAUAGCAUGUGACGCUGUUUGACAGCAUUUACCCACAGGGGAACUUUCAAAGUUAGAGUCAGUCUUCUCAGAUCCUCCUGCUGCUUUAUGUAAGUUUAUGCCAUAUUCUAAAUCCUUUGUUGUUAUUUCAUCAAUUUUCACAGCAUUUCAUCAGUUCAGAAGUAGAUGCCAUCUCAAUAAACCAUCUAUAAAAUAUUUUCUUUGCUCAUGCAUAAGAAGCAACCUGUCAUCCAUUCAGGUUUUAUCAUGAGAUGCAGCAAGUCACUUUUUCAGGCCCCACUUCUAAUUCUAGUUCUCGCUGUUUCCACCACAUCUGCAGUUACUUCCCACUGAAGUCCUGAGUCCCCCAAGUCAUCUGUGAGGAUUGAAAACAACUUCCAAACUCCUGUUCAUGUUGAUAUUUUUGCCUCUUCCUGUGAAUCAUUAAUGUUCUCAAUGGUCUAGAAUUUUGAAUCCUUUCCAGAAGGUUUUCAGUUGACUGUCCAGAGCCAUCAGAGGAAUCACUAUGUAUGGCAGCCAUAGGCUUAUGAAACAUAUUUCUUAAAUCAUAAGACUUAAAAGUUGAAAUGACUCCUUGAUCGUGAGCUGCAGAGUGGAUGCUGUGUUAGCAGGCAUGAAAACAACAUGAAUCUCAUCAUCCCCAACAGAGCUCUUGGGUAACCAGGUGCACUGUCAAUGGGCAGGAAUAUUUUGAAUCUUUUUUCUCCUGAACAGUAGGUCUCAACAGUGGGCUUAAAAUAUGCAGUAAACCAUAUUGUAAAUAGAUGUGCUGUCAUCCAGGCUUUGUUCUUUUUAUAAAAGCGCAGGCAGAGUAAAUUUAGCAUAAUUCUUAAGGGCCCUAGGAUUUCUGGGAUAGUAAAUGAGCAUUGGUUUCCACUUAUGUGCAUUAGCCCCUAAUAAGGAAGUCAGCCUGUCCUUUGAAGCUUUGAAUCCAGGAGUUGAUUUCUCUCUAGCUAUGAAAGUUCUAGAUGGCAUCUUGUAGAAGGCUGUUUCUUCUACUUGACAGUCUGUCCUUUAGAGUAGUUACCUUCAUUAAUGAUCUUGGCUGGCUCUUCUGGAUAACUUGGUGCAUCUUCUCCACUAGCACUUCUGCCUCCUCUUGAACUUUUAAUGUUAAGGAGGCAGCUUCCUUCCUUAAACCUCACGAACCAACUUCUAGCUUCAGACUUACCUUCUGCAACUUCCUCACCUUUCUCAGCUUUCAUAGAAUUGAAGAGAGUUGGGUCCUUAUAGUAGAGGUCUGCAGAAGAUGAAUUCUUUCAGAUUUUGAAUGGUUUUUUAGGGAAAAUUCAUAGAGCAUGAAGUUCAUAUUUUAGCCACUUUGAAGUGUACAAUUCGUGGCUUUCGGUAUAUGCAGUGUUAUGCAGACAUCAGCACUAUCUAAUUCCAGAAUAUUUUCAUCACCCCCAAAGGGAACUCCAUACCCAUUGUCCCUUAAGAAUCUUUCACUUGUUUCCUGGGUUCUUUUUUGCCACAUCGACCUACUGGCUUCUGAGAGCUAAGGGAGUGCUCUUGGGACUGAGGUUAGGGCUCCAGGAAACUGAUUCUAUCAUAGAUUCCACCACCAGGUUCUUAAGUCAAAGUUUUCUGAACUGCAGCUACUGCUGAAGGAGCUUAGAAUAAGACAUACUGCAUUGUUUCUACCCCCAAAAUACAUCACCACCUUAUUUCUGACCUAGGCUCUUACAUUACCUGCCCCAUUAAGAGUCCUCCCUUCAAUCUCUCCUCUUCCUUUUAAUACAUUGUCCAUUCUGCCCACAGAAAUUUUUUCUACGUCAUGGUUCUGAUCACAUCAUUGCCCUGCUCCAGAGUAUCUGAUGGCUUCUCAUUGCUUUCAGAACAGAUCCAGACCCAAAGAAGAGCAUGCUUGAUCUUAGCAGGUCUUUGCAGCCUCCCUGCCAUGCCUGAUGGUGCCUAUUUUUUUAUACGUUUGCCACCCUAGACUUCAAUCACCCUCACAGAGCAGCCUUUUCAUUACCACCAACCUGUGGAUUAUGCCAGUCCUCUACCAGCGGGGUUUGUCCCAUUCCUAUCCUGUCCUUCAAUAGACAGCUGCAGUGUGCUCUCUGAACCCCAAACCACAAGCACUUUUAUAGCUGGGAUUUAUUGAUUUUCCUCACAAAGUGCCAGUUGUAGAGUGAUCUUGUUUGUUUUUCCCAUAGACUGAGCUUGAAAGUAAGGCUUAUGUCUCACCUUUAUAUCCCAAGGGUACAAUUCAUUAAUAUAUCCCAUUAGCAUGUCUGUGUAUUUGGUGCUUCCUAUAUAGGAGUCACCAUGCUGGGCACUGGGUAGCAGUUCCAAGUGACUAGCCAAGGACUGCAUAUGCAAAGGUGAGCACAGUAAUACAGCCUCCCAGCGCUGAUAGUUCUUCACUAGUGCAGCCAUCACAAAGCAGCUGCUGAUACUCACCAUCUGUCCACCCAGAAGUGAGCCUUUCAUGUUGCCUUUUUCAGUUUCUCAGACCCCACAGGAAAACGUCCUGUGGAGCCCAUACCAGCUGAAUGCUGAGAAAGGCAAGUGCUUGUUUUUAAGUACACGGAGGAGGAGGGAAACCUCAGCCAGAACUGGAACCUGAGGUCUGGAGAGCAAGGGCUCUGUGAGGGACCAAGCGUGAGCUCUGAGGCCACCUGCUGUCCCACCAGCUUAUGGCGAGAGUGCUGCUCAGUGCCUGUUGUGGACCAGCUGUGGUGGGAGGUUGGGGCUGACAGUUACCUUGGUGCCUCCUAUUUACGUGGGGGACCAGGCUGAUGGCAGCCAAAACAGAACCCAAAGUUUGUAGGUCAGUGAAAACACUCUGCAUGAUACUGUAAAAGUGAAUACCUGUGUUAUACAUUUGGUAAAACCCAGAGAACUAUAUGAUGAGACUUGCACCCUAAUGUAAACUAUGGACUUAGGUAGUAAUAAUACAUAAUAACAAAAUAAUAAAUUUAAACAAUAAUAUAGUCAGCUAUAGCAAAUGCUACCACACCAAGGUAAGAUGUUAAUAGGAAGUUGAGGAGAGGGACUGUUUGUGGACUCUACUUUCUGCCCAAAACUACUCUAAGAAAUAAAUUCUAAACAAAAAUACCCAGCUGACAAGUGGUAGGAAUUGAGGAACAGGUGGGAAAUCUGAUGGGCAGGACCUGUCUUUGUCUUCUUCCCUCAGUCCUGGAGAGGCUCACCACCACUCUCCCUGAUUCUAACCUUACACAGUCUCUCCCCACUGGCAUUCCCAAGGCACUAGAGUUGGAAAUUCAGGGCAUUUCAGUGAAAAGUGCAUCUAUGUUGAGGAUGAGGACAAUGCUGUCUGAGGUGGAGAUAGGCCCAGUUUGGAUGGUGAACCCAAGUUGGAAGUGGGAGAACCUGAUGGGAUCCAGAACUUCCCCACACUGAGCAAAAGCAGUCCUGGUUGCCCAGGCCUGAGGGCCCAGGAAUUCCAGGCAGCUGGGUUGCCCUGCAUCCUGUCUUGCCAAUGGAUUUCAACCCCGGGCAAGUUCGCUAUGGAUUCAGUGUGACCAAAGAAAUUGAGAGCAAAACGUUCUUGGGGUAAAAGGGUUAUACCCAGGUUUAGAAUCCCAUUCACUCAGAGCAAGUCUGCAGGCAGCAAGCCAGUCUCUGCCUCUGGGCCCCUCUGUCCGCACAGCCGUCCUCUGAACCUCUCUGCACAGUCAUCCCCCACAGCUGUCCUCCCGGCCUCUCUGAAGUCAUCCCGCACAGCCAUCUUCUGGGCCUCUGUCUUCUCGGCGCUACCACCACUCCAGCCUCUGCUCUGCUCUCCUGCAGCCUUGCAGCCCUGCCACCGUGUCGUGCCCAAAGCACUGGGCAGAGCUCUUUUCAUAGAGUCAAAUUGCCCACAGGUGUGCAGUGGGCUAGUCAACCAGGGCCAGGUGAGAAUCCUGGCCACAGGAACUCUCAUUUUAUCCACAAUCCAGUUCUUCCUUCUCCCCAUUCUAGCGUGCAUCCCACUAGCUUCCUAAAGACACUCCUUGCCCUAGAAACCAUUCUUUGGUUUUGUUUUUUCUCAUUUCUUUCUUGUUAGGAGCCCCUCCUAGGACUGAGAAGACUAAUGUGGAAGGAGGGACCCGAGGCUCCACCCUGGCACACUCCCUUUGGCUGUCUACCAGAGGAGUCAGCUUUUCUUGGCUGGUGUGAAAAGGUGAGCUCCAAAAAGCAGCCAGCCAUUCAGGUUCGGGAAGCACUGAGGCAAAGGACAUACAUGCUCAGGCCAUCUCAUUCCUCUGGCUUGUUUCUGGAGCAGGUGAGAUUGCCCACAGCAUGCAAGGGAGGAGGUGAUGCUCUGCCCAGUGUAACUGAUGUUUCCAAGGGCUAAGAGCUUCCUAGUUCUCUCCUCUCUUGGUGUGUGCUCGUCCCUAGUCUCCCUGCUUCCCCACCCCCAACUCCGCUGCUUCCCUGCGGGGCUGUCCUACUGACCCACCAUGAACGAGGCUGUGCUGCUCCUUUGCUGUGUCUUGCUGCCCCCAGUCACUGGGUUUCCAGGAAAUGUACAGGAAGCAGCCCUGACCUUGCAGCCAUCUUUCGCAGAAACUGGGUGCCCACCGAAUGCACUCCCCAAUCAGAUCCCUCUCUGGGAUCCCAAGACCUUCCAGGAUCUCUUGCACACAGUGCCCUCCUUAGCCCCUCUGCCUGAGCACCUAUCCAGCAUAGCUCUGGGGGUGUUCCUGGAGGAGGUUGGCUGCCCAACGGAGGCCCAUGCUCUGCAGCUUCAGCUUGUUAGGAUGGGAGGAAAGGACGCUGCUGAAACCCUCAUCUGUGAGAGUAAAAAGCACAACAAGGAGGAAGGGAUUGGCAGUACUAAGGUAGUCCUGGGGGGACACAUGGGGGAGCUUAGGCAGCCCCAGUGCUCAGUUACUGUCCCUGAGGCAUGUAGGGCUGAACAUAGGUGGGCGCUUUAUGAGUUAGCAGAGCUGAUGUUUGAAUUUGCUGAGAAGCUCCCUUCCACCAAGUUGGUAGAAGAGUUCAAGACUUCUGCCAUCAACGUCACCCAGAAGUGCACGGACGAGUCUUGGGAGCAUUUGGAAGCAGUGGGCAAACACCUGGUGAAUGGCCCUGAAAUUGACAACCUCAUAACGUCUAUGGAAGAUGAGCUACACUUUGUCAAGCAUAUCACAACCAUUCUGACACGCCUUAUACUGGAACUGAUACAGAAAUAUUUCCAGACUUACUUUGAAUAGGUGAAGGCCUGCUAUUUCCUUUCUCAAAUGUCUCUGGUAGGACUGUGUACAAGGACUGGGGGCAAAAGGUAGGUAGAAGUGUUGGGGACAGCUUAAGGUAGAUGUAUGCUAUUCAUUUGGUCCCCGUGAUGAAAGACAUGUGACCAGGGUCAGCUUUGCUCCCUCCGUUGGUAAGUCCUAGCCCCUAUUCUCUCAAUUUCUCUGUGGAUUUAUUAUGUACUAGACAUGAAAGGUUUAUAAUCUUACUCUAUUUAUCUGCCUUUUACUUUCUAAUUCCCCAACUGAAUGCUGUAGUGUGCUUAUGUUAAUCUUUAAACUAAAAAGAGAAAUAAAACUUGCUUCUGU